AUGGAAGACUCCAAGCGUGAUGGGUCUGUGAUUGUGCAACCCGGAGUCGGCGAGAAAGGCGGCCAUGUCAACGCCGACGAGGCCAGGUUGGCCGAGAUGGGUCACACCCAGGAACUCAAGCGUCACUUCACGAUCCUUUCGCUGAUUGGAUUGGCGUCGACGACCACCAUCUCCUGGACUGGUCUCGGUCUCGGUAUCGUGGCCGAGAUUGGCGCCGGUGGUCCCGGUGCCAUCAUCUACGGCUUCAUUCUCGUCACAAUCCUGCAGUGCUUUUUGGGCGCGUCCCUGGCCGAGUUUGUCAGCUCAUACCCGACAGAAGGUGGAAUGUACCAUUGGAUCGCCGCAGUGGCCCCCGCCCGGUUCCGCGUCUUUCUCAGUUUCCUGACUGGAUGGUUCACCUCGUGCGGUUGGAUCUUCACCACGGCGUCGACGAACCUGAUCUACGCCCAGACCCUGAUGUCGCUCAUUGCCCUCUACCGGCCUGAGAUGGAGAUUCAGACCUGGCAAACCUUUGUGGUCUACCAGGGCCUCAACGUCAUCACGGCGGGCGUCGUGCUCUUUGGCAACAGGAUCAUCCCCGCGCUCAACAAAUUCUCCCUCUUCUACCUCCAGAUCGGCUGGCUGGUGGUGCUGGUGACGGUCGUGGCCUGCGCGCCGACCCACCAAUCUACCGAGUUCGUCUUCCGCACGUGGAUCAACAACACGGGCUGGGACUCGGCGCCCAUCGCCUUCAUCACGGGCCUCGUGAACCCGCUGUACGCGCUGGGCGGGCUCGACGGCGUCACGCACAUCACCGAGGAGAUGCCCAACCCGUCGCGCAACGCGCCGCUCGCCAUCGCCAUCACGCUGACCAUCGCCUUCGUCACGGGCGUCACCUACCUGGUCGCGCUCAUGUUCAGCGUCCAGGACUACGCCGCCCUGUCCGAGACCAACACGGGCAUGCCGCUGGCCGAGCUGUUCCGCCAGGCCACCGGCGGCCCCGGCGGCGCCCUGGGCCUCAUGAUGAUCCUCUUCAUCGCCCUGGGGCCCUGCGUCGUGUCGUCGCAGCUGUCCACCGGCCGUGUCGUCUGGGCCUUCUCGCGCGACGGAGCCCUGCCCGCCUCCCGGGUCUGGGCCCGCGUCAGCAGCCGCUGGGGCGUGCCGUUCAACGCGCAGCUGCUGGUCACGGCCGUCGUCGCCCUGCUCGGCUGCCUGUACCUGGGCAGCAGCACCGCCUUCAACAGCAUGCUGGGGUCGGCCGUCACCAUCAACAACGUCGCGUACCUGAUCCCCAUCCUGACCAACAUGAUGACGGGCCGCAGGAACAUGUACCGUGGCGCCUUUUUCAUGGGCAAGUGGGGGUGGUUGGUCAACGGCGUGACGGUGUCGUGGCUCGUCUUUGCCAUUGUCUUCUUCAGCUUCCCCUACACCCAGCCUGUGACCGUCGAGAACAUGAACUACACCUGCGUGGUGCUCGGCGGACUGAUCGUCUUGAUCCUCGGGUGGUGGUUUGUCGGCAAGGGCCAGUACAAGCAGAAGAUUGCCACGGUCAAGGGGUGA